CACAGUCAGCAUCUGGAACCUGUCCUCAAAAGCAAAGAUACUCCCUGAAACUUGAUGUCAAGGAUGGCAAGAUCUACAAUGAACAGAACUUCUUCCAGCGAGCUGCGAAGGCAGGCACAGUGGAGAAGUGGAAGAAGUGGCACUCUGUGCCGUUGCUGGGAAUCCCCAGUUGCGUUGGCUUUGGACUGCAUGCGGAUAGCUACAGGUUUUUGGUGUUCUCUGACUUAGGGCGAACUCUUCAGUCCGUCCUGAAUGAUGGCUUACACCUACUGAGGGAGAAGGCAGCUUUCCAGAUUGUAGUCCGGCUGCUAGACUGCCUGGAGUACAUUCAUGAAAAUGAGUAUGUGCAUGGGGACAUCACAGCUGGGAACAUCUAUUUGAACCCAGCAGACCUCACACAGGUGACCCUAGCAGGCUAUUGCUAUGCGUUCCGUUACUGCCCAGGAGGGAAGCAUGUGGCUCAGCGUGAAGGCAGCAGGACCCCUCAUGAAGGCACGAUAGAGUUUAUCAGUCUGGACAGCCACAAGGGAGCAGGACCAUCUCGACGGAGUGACUUGGAAUCUCUGGGCUACUGUCUUCUGAAAUGGCUUUGUGGCUUCUUGCCUUGGUCUGAUGAGCUGGACAAAGUAGAAACUGUGGUGGAGAAGAAGGAAAAGUACAAAGGGGAUGUGAAAUGCCUCCUCCAACUGUGCUUCAGGCAGAGAUCCAUUCCAGAUGCCCUACAGAGCUACCUGCAGCAAGCAAUGGCACUAGAGUAUGAGGAGAAGCCUGACUAUGAGGCCCUGCGGCAGCUCUUCAAGAAGCCACUGGAAAAGAUGAAAGCUUCAGCUUAUGACUCUGUGGAUAUCAAAAUGGUGCCCUAAAUCAAGAAAACUUGCAUAGGAAAUGAGUUCAAAGCUUUCUGCAGUGUGAGGCCUUU